AUGUCCUCUUCAAAUAAUCAUGCCGAGAAUGUGGCAGCGUUGUUGAACAACGUCCUGGCAAACCCCUCGGUAAAGCAUCUAAGCGACAUCUUAGCUGAAAACGGCAGCCUUCAGAAGAACAUCGAGAGGCUCAAGGACGCAAACGAUGUGAACCAAGACAGGAAUGCAGAACUCAGGGCAAAACUGAAUAGCCUGAGGGAUCAGUACAGCGACAAAAAAGCUGAGCUGGAGGAUCAUCUCAAGAAGAAGCUGGCUUUGGAUCGGGAAGUUGCUGAGGCGAGGAAGAAGCUCAAAUCGGCCACCGAAGAACUCGACGCCAAGAAGCGCGAGCUCGAGGGACUGGAGGGCUUUGCAAUCAAGCUGAUCCCGUUGUCGCCCGAGGAUAUAGCGUCCUGGCUGAACAAUCUCUUCCUCAAGGCGCGCAAAGUUGCCGAAGCAUACUUUGGGGUGGACUUUAGUUCGACCAUUCUUGAAGACCAUUCCAUCUGGAGCUGGAUAAAGGAUCACGAAACGGUCAGGCGAGCAAUACUUCCUCUGCCCCUGUCCAACACGCCUCCCGCCAAGCAAAUGCGCAUGGCUGCCUUCCUGGCCAUCCUCUCGGUGGAGCUGUCAGAGAAGCUUUUCCAGCCGACCUACCUUCUGGGAGAAGACGGUAGGCCCCUCUCCGAUCUGCUCUCGGGCCUAGCCGAGAAGGACCCGAGGCGGGAGGCGUAUCUACGCUCCGUGCUUCUGGCCACAGCGCCGGACGACCACAGGUUGACAGCCCAGAAAUAUGUCCAGAGCGUCGUGAAUACCGUGAUGUCAUGCUUUAAGGACGUCUUGAGCUCUGCCGAGCAGAGAGACAAGCUCUCUGACGCGUUGACCGACCUGUGUUCCCAGGCCUCCGAGCUCUGGCAGCACAUGCAGGCGCUGGAUAAGAAAAUCGAGCCCGACGUUGCCGACCCCGAUCCUAACGACCCGGACUGGAAUCCAGUCGUUUUCCCGUCUUUGAGCCCGCCUCCAAAGAACCAGGCCGGGAACCGAAACGGGUCUGGCCCCGGUUCCGGCGGCGGCGACAAUGGCCCUAUUAACAAGAAGACGGCGGCCCAGGCCAAACUUCAGGUGGACACGUCAGCCGAUCUGAUGAUAUCAGGCAUCAUCGUGGUCUGGCCCCGCUUUCGCGUAGUUGAUUCGCCCGACAUUGACGAGCACGACGCCCUGGCACCGGGCUACGCCCUCGCUCAGAGCACGGUGCUGGCAGCAAAAGACGAGGAAAAGGCGCUGCUCAGCUCUGGGAGAUUGAGCGGCAGGCAGAAGCACAACAGCAGGAAGUCCAGGGGCAUGUCUAUGACGGUGACGAACGGGGCAGAGGGAAGCUCGGACAGCAGAUCUUUUUUAUCCUCAAAGGCUGGCGGUGGGCAAAAGGGCGCGUGA